AUGGUGGCCGCACAAUUGUCCACUCCGAGACACCCGAGACUGGAACUAAAAAGCGGGAGGGAUGACGGAACGUACAACGACUACGACGACCAGGUGUACGACAAGCACUGCCAUGGCAGCAUGGAAGAAUCACCGCCACCAGAUCAAAGAUGA